AUUUUCCAGAGGCACCUCAUGCUCCCGAGCCGUGUUGCCCAAACCGUCCGCCGCAUGUCGUCCGUUGCUCCCUUCCACAUUGCUGUCCCCGUCCACAACCUCAAAGCCGCACAAGAAUUCUAUGGCGGUUUGCUCGGGUUUGAGGAAGGCCGUUCGUCCGCUCUGUGGCAGGACUACAACAUGCUUGGCCAUCAAUUUGUAGUCCACGAAGUGGGUCCCAACUACAGGGGCAUUGAUUACCACAACCCCGUCGACAUGGACGAUGUGCCCGUUCCUCACAUGGGUGUGUGUUUGUCUGUCGAUGAAUUCCACGCGCUGGCGGAGAAAGUCAAGUCGAAGAACAUUCCUUUCAUCGUGGAGCCCCACCUUCGUUUUGUUGGGCGCAAGGGCGAGCAGUGGACCAUGUUUUUCAAAGAUCCCAGCGGGAACAACCUCGAGUUCAAGGCUAUGACGAACUCUGAGAACCUCUUUGCCAAAUACGUCGAGGAGUAGAGUGGCGUCUCCUGCAUGCCUCGAUGGAGUGUCCUUUCCAGGUCUCCUCGAUCCUCUAACGUGUGUUAAGACCGUCCACCAAAUCCCCGCAUUUUUUUGCACCGUGAAUUUGAACCAACCACAAUGCCAUUUUUGCAAUUUAACCAAUCAAAUAUUGGAAAAUUUCGAAAUUCAAAUUUUAGUCAAUCA